GCUACAAUAACACGUCGGACGAAAUGGAUUGAUUGCAGCUGCAGGAGACACUGAGGGAAAAAAAGGAAAUCGAACUGAAUAUAAUACAAGUAUAACAAAUUUAACACGUACGUAUAUAAUGUAUAAAUUACGUCUAAUUUUUAAUGUUAUAAUUUCUAAUGGUUUAUUUGUAUUUUUAUAUAAUAUUAUUGCUAUUAUUAUAGUCGGCGGGUAGGUAAUUGUAGAUUUUUUUUUUUAAUGAGUUUCAUAACAAACGAUCGAUAUUGUUAAAGAUAACCAAGGCAGGUAUAAGUUUAAUAUAAAAAUGUCACCUCGUGUGUCACUCAUAACACCGAAAAUAAAAUCCAGAAAAAUUAUUAUCAGUUCAGUGAAAGUCAAUAAUUUAAUAUGAAAACUUUUGAGCUGACACGACAAUGUCGAGUGAGUACACUUAACUUGCGUACAAUAGAUUUCUAUGAUUCUAACAGUUCAGUUAGAGUGUACCUACCUAUGUUAUAUAGGCACUAGCAAAAGUUGACCUUCACACGAAUCGCCAUUGCUUUAAAUCGGCGGGUCAAAUGGUGUUUUUGUUGUUUUUAAAGCAGUUUACGUACGUGAAAUACAAUAGUAAACCCUUUUUAUUUACUUGUGCCCAUCAUAUUAGCAUGUAUUAUUUUAAUAAAAUUAAUAAUUUGUUUAAAAACUAUAACGGGUGCAGUUUUUGUUUUUUUUAAAAACAUAUUUUAUUAUUUAUUUAUAGUUUUUGAAUUUCGUUUGGAUACAAUAUUAAAUAUUGGUGUCUUAUAACUUUACUAACAUUAAUUAUUGUUUUAAAUAUUCGAUGCGUACAAGAUAGACACCGAGACCAAAGAGCGGAGACUAUGAAAGAACGAGGAACGAUAAUCGCCAAAUCAAAAAUCGAACACCGUAGAAGCCGUCGGAAUUAUAAAGACUGCGAAUGGGGGGGGGGGUAUAGGGUACGUCCGGAGAAGCCGAAAUCCGUUACUUCGUACUGCACCGGAGAGGACUUUGACGGCUGACGGGACAAGAUCUUUUGGAAUACCGAGAAUGAGACGAGUAAAAGACGUCGGGGGAACUGUAAGGAGGAGGAUUGGAUUGAAAAGUGCGAGCACCGUUUGAACGGUAUCCUAGAUACAGUAUACGUGUGACGUGAUGGUCCUAUAAAGUCGGCUUCUAGAAACAAAGACGAAUGAUUAUUGCACGCUAAUUCGUACCUAUCUAUAUUUUAACACUUGUUCGAAAAAUUCGUAUUUAAAUAUUAUAUUUCGUUGCGGUCGCCGGCAGGUAUUGUACAAACCGCAAUCGUUGAGCGCACGAAAAUAACAGACCGUGCAGGACGAAAUCGCGACGAACAUCACGACGGCGACGGAGCGAAUGAAAACGGUUCGCGGACUAUUCGACGGCACUUCCAAUCGUAAAUCGUAAUGAUUUUUAAUCUGCGAAAAUGUCAAUAUUACUGUCCGACCGACCGGAAACGUUAAUAGUUGCGUUUCGUUUGGACCGACGACGGCGGCGGCGGCGUUUCGACUUUCUCGGAGUGCGUAUGGCAACGUGUUUAUGCGCGGGCGCGUCAAAGGUGCGCGCGGGCGUUCCGAGGACGCGACGGUAAAAUCUCACAGUACACGCGAGUGUCGCGUACGAGUGCAGCCGUCCGCGUGUGCCGGGGAUUACGGUAGGUGCGAGCGGAUCGCCCGCGGCGGUCCACGUCGAAGUUGUAGCGGAACAAAACGCAACGCGAUAAUAAAAUAAUGAUAACGAUAAUUGUGCGUAUGGCGCCGCGGGUCGUCGACCGCGUCGCCGUCCAGAGUCGCGGCGCGAGGACGAGCAGUAAAAUGCGAUGUUUGGAAACGCGACGCGGAGCUUUUGCAAUUGCACGGGGACGUGACCGAGGAACAUUAGUCGAGGCGUUAAUUAUAUCAUCGCCUACACGUUACAUUACUAACGUUUCGCGUGCGCGUAUCGUGUGGAAAUAGUUUUUUUUUUUUUUUUUUCGAAUUUCUCAAUUUUUUUUUUUCUUUCGUUUCGGUCAUAUCUCCGCACUAAUAAUAACAGCGAUAAUUAUUAAUAAUCAUUACGGUAUACUCGCCCCGCUAAUUGUUUUUAAUCCGCCGACAUCUCUGUACGCGGUGUGCAUGUAGACGGCCGUUCGGAAACCUACAAUACCAUACCUAUACGUAAUAUAUAAAAAUACCCUCGAAUUAUUUAAAGCCUUGGAUAUACCUCGAGAUUUUUAAAAUCAGCAUCCAAAUACUCGGGAAAAUAAUAAUGAUUUCAUUGAGAGUCGUAAAAGGAUUCAAAAUCUGAAAGUAGUAAACGAUGCUGCUGAACGUGGAAUUUCAUUAAUUCGAACAUUCAAUGGGAUACUUACCAACCAAGAGGAGCAAAAGCGAUAUCUUUUACAAGUAGUUGAACGACACAGACAGAAGUAUCCGAAUCCAAAUAGAUCAACACUAAAUGAUUGAAAUUGUGUAUAUUAUUAUGGCAAUUGAUGACUUUUUUUUAAUUAUUUUGUAUGUUAUUAUAGUAAUUGAUAAGUUUUUUAUUAUUAUUAUUAAUUGUAUAUAUUUGUUUGUAUUUAUACACUAUUGAUUAUAUAUGUGAAAUUUAUCAUAUUUUCAAAUAAGUUGCGCAACCAAAAAAAAAAAAAAUAAAUAUUUUUCCUUGAAAUCUUUUGCGAGCCUUCUUAUUAUUGUACAUAGAUGAAUAAUUUAAGUGUGUGGGACCAUCAUAAAAUAAAAAUUUAUUUAUUUUUUUGUCACCCUACUAUACAUAAUAUAUAAAAAAUAUUAUGUAUUGCACGCAUACCCGGGUAAUUUGUACGGGACAAAAUCUACAAUCGAAUAAUUUCCGCCGUCGUCGCCACUGGACACGGCAGACUGCGGCACGUGCGCAUUAUACAUCAUACUUAAUGAAAAGUCUAUACAAUAAUAAUUUAUAACGAUAAAUUGUCUCGGAGAAAGUAAUAAUAUUCGUAUGUUAUUAUAGAUUGCGGGCACACUCCCACUUUUGAGCGGUCUCGUCCCGCACGGUGUUCGCGGUGUUUUUUUUUUUUCAAAGAUCUCUUAUAUAUAUAAAAACGUGACGGGCGUCUCGGGCAUACUGUUAUUGUGACUCGAACGGUACUCGUCGAACCACAUACUCCGUUCGUAUACAGGUAAGCUAUAUUUUUAUAAUAUUAUAGGACACUCGCGGACGCCCGCCGAACAUGUCGGGCUCGUUUAUCGAUUAAUUUCAUUACAAAAACAAACCCGCGUUUGUAAUAUUGUUCCGUCGAAUACAAAACGAAUGCGAUUAUUUCGUUUUCCGCACAAACUAUUCGGUUUUCUGCCUUCUCCUUCGAAAGUUUUCGACGUUAUGCCGUCGAGACCUAUCGUCGCAAAACACAAACCCCCGUCCGUUUCUCAGCUCUGCCUCUGCAGCCUUGACGGACGAUAGUUACUUCAUUCGAAUUUUCUAUUUUUUUUUAAUAUUACGAAUACAAAAAUUCAUUUUUUUCUUUUCUUUCAUUAAUAUUCAUAAUAGAUAUAUUUUGGUAUUGCAUUACAAUGAAAUUGGUUCAAUACUUUAAGUGGUAAACAAAAUAUUAUAAAAUACUGUUGUUUCCGGUUUUUUUUUUCAAUUUCCGCGUUCAUAAGGCAAGACGGGGCCUUGUACUUCAAAAUUUCAAAUACAAUUUUGUUUCGAGUACUUUUUGAUGUUUGAUUUUAUCGUGCUCCUCCCUGAUAAAUUUCCCGCGGGCGUCCGUUUAGAUACACGAACCCGCCGUAACGCGCGGUUACCGUGGUAUAAUAUAACGAGCUGUUUUUUGUUUUUUUUUCUGUUUUUUCCCUUCCUUCCAGUCAGCCGUCGCAUACCCAAUACCGUGCCGGACUAUGAGGUCGUGCAGUACGAGCUUCGCGGCUUUGGGCGCGUGCGUGUUGAUGGCGGUCACGUGCCUGGCGAUGCCCCAGGGCACCAAAGAAGGAGCGAUAUUCACGAACGAAGCCAUUAGACAGGCGCAAAACACGCAUCUCAUACCGCAAAACGCUCAGAUCCAAAAGGUCCAGGAGGGCGUGGAGCUGGUCGCGUACGAGUCGAUACCCGGUUCGCAGGCCAUCAACCUGUUCGAGAUUCUCGGCGAACACGUGCCUCCGGAGGUGGUCAGCAACCUCCAGACCCAAGUGGACCAGGUCGGAAAACAGUGAAGACGACGCGUCGAAUUUUUUACUCGAUUUCUCCCCCAACCCCCUCAUCCCCUCCACCAAUGUUUUUCGUUUCUAAUUUAAGAUUUCGUCGGCAAAACACGUGUCGCGCGCUACGCUAAAGUCCCGCGCGACCUCAGUCGUUUUUUUUUUCCGUCGAGUCGUAUUCAACGCGUAUGCCGAUACGCCGCCGUCGUUAUGCAAUAUCGUUAUAGAUUACACAGUUUGUUUUUUUUUUUUUUUUUUAUAAACAGAGAAAGUAUACUUAUACACUAUUGGUACCUCCUAUACGCGUGUGAUUUUUUUUUUCGACGAAACUGCUUUCACCCAUCAUUACUGCGGAUUUUAUAUUUUUAUUUUUCGAUAAAUAUACUCGGACACGUGCAUACUCGCUUUCUAUAAAAUACCUUCGGGAAUCGUUUAAUUUUUAAUUUUUUUUUUUUUACACGCCUUGUCAAGGUGCGAUAUUAUAUGUGUUUAGUUGUGUAUUUUAUUAUUAUCUAACUAAAAAUGUCGUAUAUUUUUACGACCUGAACAUAAAUACAAACAUAUUAAAGCUAUAUACGCGCGAAGAAUAAAUUUGUGUGCACAAUAUAUGAUCAUGU